CUGGAGUUAGACACGCACUGGAGCACAAUCAGUCACUCUGUGGCUGCUGGAGGCUACACACAGCUACAUCAUGGCGGCUACGGUGGUGAAACUUCUUCUUCUACUUACAUGUCUACACCAGAACCAUGCGAUUACUCCUGGAAGAGCGGCGGACAACGCUGUUGGAUACAGCAGAAUAGUCGUCGCCACACCUGGCAUGAGAAGGUACACCUACGACAUCGCGCAUGACCCAGAAGGUAGAGACUUCUCAAUCGACUUCAGCCCGAUAGACAGAGACCUGGACCUGAACAAUUUCCUUCCUGAGCCCGAGGGGCGAUUCCUUCCUCAAUACGAUGUUAUUCCGGUCACAGACAACGAGGAAAUUCAACUCCACGUGAAGCACCCAACACACGAAGAAAUGGAGAAAAGUUCCAGGGCGAUUCAGAAUGUUCAUGCGGCCUACUCGAAGAAACCUCCGCAGCCCCAGAAAGCUAUGCUGGAAGACUUCGACCUGGGUAUUAUGGGCUAUGGCGACUUCAUGGACCCUCAGGAUGAGCAUAGAGUGAACAAUCCAGCUUACGUUUCACACUCUCCAGUCAAACAAUUCCAGCACCUUGGGCUUAGACCAAACAUGAGGUACAAGCAGUACCUCACUCAACCUAAAGCCCCUUACCUACCCAAGAAACUUUACCCUAAAGCAGUGCCUCAAAAAGCGUACGUGGAGAAGGUAGAAACCCCUCAAAUAAUGUACGAAGCUCCAAUAAAGCUUCAGAAACCAUUGUUUGUACCUGCUUUUGACGAAGGACGACUGAACGGCUUAGCCGAUAAGGCUUACAGCAAGGUCUUCAUGGCUCACGGGUUUUCAAAGCCUGUUCCAAGGUUUUACCCUAAACAAGGAUUAGAAGGGGAAGGGAUCGAUAUGGCCAAAACACUGUUUGUACCAGUAGUUUUAGUGCCUGGUUCACAGCAAAAGAACAAAGAAAGCAUAGACCGUACAAGUUUAGCAGCUUUUGAGCCUAGAAGAAUUGUUAAGAAACAAGUACAGUAUCAAUAAUUUAACGGAUGUGUUUCAGCAUAAGUAAAGCUUUAUUCUUAUAUGAAGUAAAUGUUUUAUAUUUUCGUAUGAUAUGUUGUUUUAGUCAUUCAAAGAAAUUCCAACGGUUUUCAAAAGAAUAACUAAAAUUACAAAUAUUUCAUAGUAAACCACUAUUUAUUUCAUUACUUUAUUAAAAUUUUACUUUGUUUUUAGUUUUUUGACAUAUUUUUACGAAAUUAAAUCACUAACAGUAAAAUUACUGUGUUUUUUAUACUCAAACGUAUUUUUAUAUAAUAUUUAUGUAAAUAUACGUAAAUUUAAAGUAUUUACACAUUUUAAAUCCAUGUGUGUAGCCCCUGAGCUGUUGGACAUAAUGUAAGACUAAAUUACUUACGUAAUUCCCGUCACAGCUCAAUAAAAUAUGUCUAUUCAGGACAUGUUUCGGUGUUAAAACACCAUCGUCAGCUUCAGGUACAUAGUGUAGAGUUGAUCAGUUGUUAACAUCGUCAGAAGAUAAACACAGUACGGACAUGAAUAAAUACAUAAAACAAUGAAACAUUUAAAAAAACAGGCCUGUUCUAACAAAAAUGACCGACCACACAGGUAGCAAGGGACAGACUAUACACUAUACAGGGUGAAUAAAAAGUCAAGACCCCCCCCCCCUCUAAUAUUUUUCCAAGUUAAUAUACAGAGAUAUCCUUUUGGUGGUCGAGCAAUCUUAGCAGGAAGUUUCAUUUUAUCAUUUUGAAAUUUUUGAGUGUCCCCCAAAAAGGGGGAUUUGGGGAGCAACUCAAAUAUUUUAAAUGUAAACCCCCUUCAAGUGACACCUCAUUUUGAAGUGUUUACAAAAAC